GAGUAUAUAUGAAGCCAUAUAUUCAUCUAUCGAUAUCACCAUCUAAACCUAAUUCGAUCCCUACAACUUCAACAAACAUUAUUCCUUUUAACACACAACAAACAUGAAGAAAAACAUCAAUCUCAUGUUAAGAAAGUGCAAAACAUUAUCAAGGCAACUUGUUAGAACUUCAUCUUACACGAGUUUACGUUCCAAGUCAACUAACGAUCGUCAAAAAGAAUCAGCCUCAAUUAGCGGAGGAAUAAUGUGGAAUACUAGCACGGUUGUAGUAUACGCUUGUGGAGAAGAGCCCCAAGAGACGGUUUACGUUGGAAGUACAAGGAAACGAUAUGUUAUUAACGCGAAACACUUGAGUCAUCCACUUGUCAAUGCUUUAGUUGAAAAAUCGAGUGAUGGGGUUUCGGCUAUUAAUUGUGAAGUUGUAUUGUUCGAUCAUUUGUUGUGGAUGCUUGAGAAUUCUGAUUUGAACCUUACUUCUACUGAUUCUUUAGACGAGUUAGCCGAUCUCUACUUAUCUUAAAAAAUCACUAUGUAUUAUAUGUUAUGUAUGUCAUAUCGAUCUUAUGAUCUA